UAAAUGCUGAUUCAUGUUUCUUUCAGUUCAUUUAUCAGGAAUAUUUUUUAAAAUACUUAUACAUUUUAGAUGAUUGAUGAAAGAAAAAGCAUGAAUAUUGGCGAAUAUUCGAGAUGUUCAAAUUCCUCUUUCCUUUUUUAGCAGAAGUAUUUACUCUCUGACUAUAUCAUAGAGUAUAAUACUCUUUGAUUAUUUUAUCUCUUCUGUGCAGAGGCAGUCUCUGCUUCUGUGGUUAUACUUGAUGUGGAUCUUAGUUACCUUUUUCGGAGAACGCUAAAGCGCCUGCGCGCUCGCCUCAUUUCGAUACGAGAUUCAAAAACAGUUGCCACAAAAUAGUUAGCUUUGGUCGGACAUUUGCAAUUUCUAGAAUUUUCCGGUGCUUUCCUAUGAUUUUCGACGAUUUCGAAUGAAUUUUCAACAUAAUAGAGAAAAGAAAUAAUUCCACUUGAACAAAAUCAACUACACCUACAUAUGAUGGAAAACAAUAAAUUCCAGGCAAAGCAAGACUUUCCGCUGAAAAUUAUUUCAGGGGACUUAGAAGAAAAUCAAGAUGAUGACAAUCAGAGAGGAAGGAAAUACUCAAUCAAUGGAACCUUUAGAUGAAUAACAUGAAAUUGGUGGUUUGUGAUCAUUACGAAAAUGAAGCGAGAGAAAAGAAAUAAUUUCACUCGAACAAAAUCAACUACACUGACAUAUGAUGGAAAACAAUAAAUUCCAGGCAAAGCAAGACUUUCCGCUGAAAAUUAUUCCAGUCUGGCUUGCAACGAAACCGGAGGUUAGCAAGCAAUGGACAAUUCAGCCACAUGAUAGCGACAGAAAAGAAGUAAUUCCUUUGGAACAAAAUCAACUACAGCAACUUAUGAUGGAAAACAAUAAAUUCCAGAUUAUCGGUGAAGCAAAACUUUCCACAGAAUAUUAUUGGAGGUUGGCUUGUAACGUAAAAAAGGACCGAGAAGAAAAAAAAAUCAAGAUGAUGACGAUCACAGGGGAAGGAAAUACUCAAUUAAUGGACACUUCAGAUGAAUAAUAUGAAAGUGGUGGUUUGUGACGAUUACAAAGAUAAAGCGAGAGAAAAGUAGUAAUUCCACUUGGACAAAAUCAACUACAGCAACUUAUAAUGGAAAACAAUAAAUUCCAGAUAAUCAGCAGAGCAAAACUUUCC